ACAGUUUUAAUCGUUUAAAAAGUUCAAUGUUUUCAUCUUAACCAGAAAGCCUGGAAUACAAAACUAUUGCGCAUUUAUAUGUGAACUUUGGCAUCAAUCAGAAAAAAAACCUCAAAAGUUGUAAGGUGUAAGCACAGAGAUAAGAUAUAAAAUUUAGGAAAUGGGCUGGCGAAAAAAAAUAUUGUGUUUAUUUAUAUUUAAAACGAAGAAAAAUUUUUAAACUUUUAAUCAUAUAAUAAACGAAAUAUGCGUUAAAUAUUCUCAGGUAGAAAUAUUUAAGCUACGUCAAUUCCUAUAAAGAUAUACUGUCAAUUCAAAAAAGUGUCACAUGAAAAGUAAAAUUCUUUUGAAAAAUUAAGUAGAAAUAGAAAGAAAACAUGAACUGUUUCCAUGUUAACAAGUUGGAUUCGUAUGAGAGUGAGUGAAUAGGAUGCCUCCCCCACCACCUCCUGCACCUCCACCUUUGCCAAAAAUCGGUGGGGCUUCUUCUAACACCAAGUCAAAUAAUUUUGAUCCUCCUCCAGACAGAAAUGCUCUCCUCUCUCAAAUCAGAAAGGGAGCUCGACUGAAAAAAGCUGAAACAAAUGACAGAAGUGCACCUCUCGUCAAUGGUGGAGGAGGAAAGUCGUCUUCAAAUGGAGCGGCUGUCAGACAGCAGAAUACUGACAGUAAAUCAAAUGCUUCUUCUUCUUCUUAUCCCAUCAUUCCUCCAGGAGGAUUAUUUGCCCAAGGCAUUCCAAAAUUGAGACCCACGGUCCCUAAAUCAGGAGACAAUCCAGCUUUAUCAGCUAUCAUUCAAAGUUUGAAAACUGGUAAAAGUUCAUCAUUAGAUCAUCUUAGAGUAGGUCAGCUUAGCGGCAGUCGCUCUCAACCACCUAGUCCUGUGUCAAAGCCACGCUCUAGUGUUGCAUCUUCUCAAGCAAAUGAUAUUCACAGUAAUGCUGGGGGCAAUCCUAAUUUUCCUGAUGAUGUAAAUAUAAAAGGUCCCGCUCCAGCGCCUCCUCCUGCUAGCCAGAAGCCUGUCUUCAGGUCGAAUACAGGAAGCGAACCCAGCAAGCUCACCACAGUCAAGCGAUCUGCAUCCCAGACUAAUCUCGGUCAAAGGCCCCGUCUCACCAGGCCUCCUCCUAAUGUCAAGCCUCCACCACCCCCUAAAGGCAACCCUCCUCCCCCUCAAUCAGCCCCGCCCCCACCUCCGUCAAAGCCUCCUAACAUUAUGCGGAGGCAAAGUUUUGGCGUGGGUGAAGGACAGAAUUUGCGUCUUGCUUCCAAUAAACUGACUGGUAGCAGUACAGUCUCUAAGGCGAUUGGGAAGAGUAUCGGACCCCCGCCCCCUCCUCCUCCACCACGCAAUAACAGUGCUCCUCAUGACCUCAAUCAGAUGGUCACUAGUUCCUCUCCCAGCAGUCAUUUGAACAAAAUGAACAUUGCUCCACCUCCACCCCCAAACAGAAUAAUGGCGAGUGGCAACAGAGCGGCUCCUAUCAGGCCUCCUCCACGUGCUCCAGCUCCCCCUCCACCACCACCUCCCCAGCAUCAAUUCGGUGGUCAUCCAGCCCCUCCUUCACAAUUAAAGGCGAUGCCAUCGAUGAACGCGGCACCCCCACCACCUGCUCGAGUUUCUUCCAUGAAGACUUCUUCUGAAUUUGAAGACCGGUUUAAAUUUCAUCCAGCACAAAGUUUGCCAAAACCUGACAGAUUUUCUAAUUCAACGAAAAAUUAUCCCAGUAAAGCAAACCAGGUUAGACAAAAGCAAAAUACAAGACGCCAGCCUCCCCCACCACCCCCAAUGGCAAGCACCAAUGUUACUGGAAGUCAGCCCGUUCUUCACAUCCAAUUGGAAUCUGGAAUAUUUUCGAACAAUUUUGCUCACAGCUAAAAUCAAUUAAUUUGAAGGACUGGUUGUCCUGCAAUCACACUUACUGAAAUAACUUAUCACAAUCUGUGUGAUACAUUAUUUACCUGUACAUACAUAAAACAAGACUAAUUACUUUUUAUUUUGAGUAACUCUAUGUAUGGAAUGCACAAGAUGAAUUUGUCUAUGUGUUCCUUCUUUUUUGUCAUUUUUUUUCUUGGAGCACUUGUUACUCUGUUUAUCCAUAACUCUUUAUGAUUUUAAUUGGUAAUUUUAUGCAAGAUUUUACAAAAGAAUUUAUAUAAAUCGUAACUCAAAUUUAAAAAUAAAUUUUUUGUUUUGCAUCAUUCUCAGAAUGCAUUUUCUCAUUUUAUCCAAUUGUGGUGCUCUCACGGGCUAGAGAGAACGUAGAACUUAAAAUAAUUUAUUUUUUUUUUCAAAGCCUGUAAAAUGACCCAUUUUGAAAUCAACUGUUGUAACAAAAAGUUAAACUAUUUAUUUUGCAGCCACUCAUUUCCUGUAAAAAUUUCUCUGCAAUAUGCUUAAAAUUGUAUACUAUCAAUUAAUACUGAAAUGAUAAUAGAACUGUUCCCAACUUCAAAUUGUUUUCUAGAUUGGGAAAUUAAGUUUGUUAUGUUUAACAAAAUGUUUCUAAUUGAAAGGAAAUUUUGAGCAUUUGUGCUGGCAACUAAAUAAAUGUAGCACCAAAAAAUAAUUUUUAUGUUUCAAGCACUGUAUAAUUUGUAUUUCACUGUGUGAAAGAUUUUGUAAAAAAAUUUAAUGUUUUGAUACAUUUCUAAAUCUAACAUUUGCAGCAAUGCUAUUUUAACUAAAAAAUUUAUGAAGUAUGUUAAACUCAAUCAUUCCUUUAAUUGAUUUUGCAAAUGGCUUGAAGUAUUUUUAUAAAAAAAUUUCAACAAAAUGCCAUUUGCCUACUCAUUAAAUAGCAAACAGUCAUAAAGAUCACAAAACUGAUAGUUUUCUUCACAAAUUUAUUCUUUAUGAUAAUCCAUAGCUACCAACUCUACUGGAUUUUCGCGUAGACUGCUGAAUUUUUUCAGUUUCUCCUUGUUUAAUAAAAAAUUCUCCUGGUUUUUGUACAUUUUAGAAAAUUCCUUCAAAUUCUAAGUUUCCUGAAAAAAAUCCCUAUUAAAUAGAAUGUUUGCACAGAUUUUUUGCUUGCUUAAAUAUUUAAAUAAAUAUUACUAAUAUAUAAUGAAGCGAGCCUCAUUUAUAGAAAUCAGUUUAACCACUUUUUCUGUUCAGUUUAUUCAGAACUCCCUUUCUAAAAUAAUUAAAAAAUCAAUUAUUUCUUACGAAUGAAAUACCUAUUACUAUUCAAAAUUAUGAGUAAACAUAAUUCACAACAUUUCAAGCAUAUUUACUGCCAAUCAUGACCGGCUGUUUUUCUAUUUUGAUGUCUAUGAAACUCCCUAUGUGUAAAAUAUUUAGUACAUUACGCAACAAUUAUCAUGAAAUUAAUAUUAUUUUAUAAACUACUGUGAUGAUCGGUUCUAAAAUUUAGUGAAAUGUUUGUGGAUCAUUAAUAUUAGGAGAUUUCUAAAUUGAACAUUUUGAGAAAUGCUCUAUAGUAAGUAAAAUAGAAUUUUACUUUUUGGUCUUGGGUGUGUAAAAAUCAGCAAUGGUUCUUUUGACUAAGUGCUAGAUGACUUCCUUUAGGAUAAGGAUUUGGCAAAAACUGUAUUUUAAAUGUUGUUUUUUUUCCUUGGAAAUUUUGUGCAUUCCUUAUAUGGGUGAAAUGUAGCAUAUUUGUUUCGUGUUGAAAAGGCGUUUAACCUGCGGUAAUUGUUAUGUCAAAUGGUAAAUAUAUUUGCACUUGUAAAAAGUUGUUAGACAUAUAUAUCAGAGGAAUUAAUUUUUUGAAUAAAUUAUAUUUCUAACCUAUUAUUGAAGGAAAAAAAAUUGUUAUCUGCCAAUCAAUGAUUGAGAGAAGUUCUCUGCUUUGUAUUUUUAAUAACCUGCUUUGAAUUGUAGUCAUAAUUAAAAUAAUUUCUUAUUA